GAAAGUGUAAAAUUUAUGGCAAGAGAGAUCAUGAUAUUGCAGAAGCUGGAUCAUCCCAAUGUCAUCAAACUUGAAGGACUAGCAACAUCAAGGAUGCAGUAUAGUCUUUAUCUAGUUUUUGAUUUCAUGCAAUCGGAUCUGACCAAGAUUAUCACCCGACCCGGGGAGAAACUCACCGAUCCACAGAUCAAGUGCUUUAUGCAGCAGCUGCUUUCUGGGCUCCAGCACUGUCAUGAGAGGGGAGUUAUGCACCGAGAUAUCAAAGCUUCAAACUUGUUAAUAGACAAAAGAGGGGUGUUGAAAAUUGCGGAUUUUGGGCUUGCAAAUUCAAUUGAUGCUGAAAGGCCCCUUACAAAUAGAGUGGUGACCCUUUGGUAUAGAGCACCAGAACUUCUUUUAGGUUCAACCGAUUAUGGAAUUGGCAUUGAUCUCUGGAGUGUAGGAUGCCUGUUGGCUGAGAUGUUUGUCGGAAGACCAAUUAUGCCUGGCAGAACAGAGGUGGAACAGCUUCACAUGAUCUUCAAACUAUUUGGUGCACCUUCAGAGGAUUACUUUAGAAAACUGAAGCUAACAACAAGCUACCGGGCCCCACAACCUUACAAACCUAUUUACCAAGAAAGCUUCCAGAAGUUUCCUUCCUCUUCAAAUGGUCUUUUGACUAAACUUCUUGAUCUCGACCCUGCAAAUCGUGGCAGCGCUGCCUCUGCUCUCCAAAGUGAAUUCUUCAAAUGUAGUCCAUUAGCAUGUGACCCUUCAGCUUUACCAGUAAUCAACAAAGAAGAGGAUGAACGCUCCCAAACCAAGAGACGCAGAAGGCAUAGGGUUUCUAAAAGAGGGCAACCAUCUCAAACAAGGAAAAGUGAUGCUAGUCAGUCAGGAAAGAAUCAAACUACCGAACAACCUGGUAGAGAUACAGAAUCGUCAAAAGAGAAGAAGAAUUUGGAAAAACUGCAGAAGCAAAGUCAUGAUACGGGCAAUAGUGGUAGCAGCACAUCAUUGGGCUCAAGAAUGUUUAUGAAUGCAUCUCUGUCCCCAGUUUUUCUCUCUAGUGGGACAAAAUCCCCCAAAUCAGAUGGCCAUCCCAAUGCUCUUAAGAACAUAAAGAACUAUAGUGUUCUCUUACAGGCCUCUAUGAUAGAUAUGAUCAACCGCAAUGAAGGCAACGAAUUUGCUCAGCUUCGUAGGUCCUUUUCCACGUUGGAUUUUCGACUUGAUCCACACAAGCUAUCAAACCUUUAUGGCUCACCUAAAAAUAUUUAA